GAUCAGUCAACGAUCUACCAUCAUUCAGUAAAGCUUCCUAAACCAUUGUGAACAUCAUGGCUAAAUUCUUAAUCAUCUUAGCUUGCGCCUUUGUAGCCGUAUCUUGCGCUAAUACUAAGCGGCGAGCCGAAGAUAAUGAGGUAUCAGCCGGAGGUCACUUUGAAUCAAUCUCAAUUUCCGACGAUGGUGGUCAUGGAGGUGGAUAUGGAGGAGGAAAAGGAUUCAGCGCUGGAAGUGGAUUGAAGACCAUCGCCCAAGGAUCUGCGGAACAAGCUAACAGCGCUGUUGCCAACCAACAUGCCGCUGGAAGACAAGCAGCUUUCGCAGCGAAAAGUACCUUAGCCCAAGCAGCAGCUGGGGCCGCAGCUACAGCGCAAGCAGCUCUCAUCGGCAAACAUAUCCUAGUCCAAAAACUCCAACAAGAUGUCGCCGAAGCUCACCAACAACUCGAAGCCGAACUCCACCAAUUAGAACAAGCUCAACGUGCCGCUUCUGCCGCUCAAGCUGCCGCCAACCAAGCCCAACAAGCAGCAAACGCAAUCAACUCCGCUGCUAAUGCCGUUCAAGGAACAGCAGCCCAUGCCCAACAAGCCGCCGAAGCUGCUCACGCUGAAUUAGGAUCCCAAGAAGCCAUGGUAGGACACGCCAAACAAAGGUUAUCUUCUUUGGGACAACAACUCCAAGCUGCUCAAGGUGAUCUUCACGCCACCCAAGCUGCUGCUCAACAAGCUGAAUCUGCCGCUCAAAUUGCUCAGUCCAAUGCUGCCCAAGCCGCCGAAAAAGCUCAAGCCGCCGGACUUGAACACGGAGGAGGAUUGUCCAUUGGAGGAGAUGAUCACGGAUUCUCUUCAUCCGGAAGUGGAUUAGGAAGCUACCAUUAACUCAACCCAGUCAGUUUUUUAUAUUAAUCGAUUUUUUGUUUAAAUAUAAAGAAAAACUAAUUAAAAAAAUGAUCUUUUAGUUUUA